AUGCUUUCUACUAUUAUGACCCAGAGCCCUUGGCACAUCUUCGCCGUCGGCGUCGUGAUCGUGCUAGUUUGCAUGCGCAUCCGUCGACACUUGGAGAUUCGCGCCUUCAAGAAAGCUCACGCAUGUGAACCUCCUAUCCGUGCUCCGCAAAAAGAACGCAUCAUCGGUUGGUCUGCCUAUCAACAUCUGCAGAAGACCAGGCGGGAGCAUGUCAGCUUGCAGCAGACAUUCCGUAGAGCCAUGGACAUCGGUCGAACCAACACGGCUGUAGUAAUGGGUCAAGAAAUUAUAUCUACCUGCGAUCCUGAGAAUAUCAAGAGGGUUCUGGCAACAAAUUUCAAAGACUAUGGCAUUGGUCCCAGGAUGCAUGCCAUGGGACCUCUAUUGGGAAAGGGCAUCUUCACCACGGACGACGAGCAGUGGCAGCAUUCGAGGGCUUUGAUACGUCCUAGUUUCACACGUACCCAGGUCGCGGAUCUCAGCAGUCUUGAAACCCAUGUUCAAGCUCUCAUUUCGUGUGUUCCUGCCCAAGAUGGAGCGGUGGUUGAUCUGCAGCCUCUGUUCUUCAACUUGACCAUCGACAGUGCUACAGACUUCUUGCUUGGGCAAUCAGUGAGUUGCCAGGGAAGCCCUGUUGGCUCCCCCGCAUGGGAAUUUUCUGAGGCUUUCGACCACGCCGAGCAAGUACUCCACAAGCGUGGUGAAUUGGGUGCCUUGGCCUGGCUUAUCCGCGACGCCAAAUUCGAGCCGGCCUGUAAAGUCGUCCACGAGUUCACUGAUAAAUACAUUCGCGAGGCACUGAAGGGCGACACCAAGGCAGGCCGGUACAACCUUCUGGCAGAGUUAGCAGGUGCCUGUGAUGAUCCGAUCCAAAUUCGAAAUGAACUCCUGAACGUUCUCCUUGCUGCCAGAGAUACCACUGCUGGCUUACUUAGCAGUGUAUUCUAUCUUCUGGCGCGUAACCCUGAUGCAUGGAACAAGUUGAGUCAAGAGGUGGGACAAUUGGACGGCAAAGUCCCCGAUUACAAAUUUCUCAAGGAGAUGCCCUAUCUAAAAAGCGUCUUGAAUGAAACCCUCCGCGUUCUCCCCCCAGUCCCAAUUAAUAUGCGUUUUGCCCGCAAAGAUACUGUUCUCCCUCACGGUGGAGGUGCUAAUGGACUGUCUCCAAUGUUCGUCGGCAAAGGAAGCCGGGUAUUCUACUCAAUUUGGGCCAUGCAUCGACUCCCCGAGAUCUGGGGUGAUGAUGCUGAAUUGUUCCGCCCAGAGCGGUGGAUGGAUGAGAAGGCACCUCUGCGUCCUGGAUGGGGUUUCCUGCCAUUUAAUGGAGGACCUAGACUCUGCCUUGGACAGCAAAAUGCCCUGAUAGAAGCCAGUUACACCGUCGUUCGACUACUGCAGGCCUUUGGUCAUAUAGAGCCCAGAGAUCCUAUGCCUUGGCAGGAGAAAUUGGCUGUUACUAUGAGCAGCUUGAAUGGUACCAAGGUUGCUCUCUGGAAGAGACAAUGA